AUGAACCCACCAGAAUUUUUGGGAGGUAUUGAACCAUUAAAAGUAGAGGCUUGGAUACUAGAAACUGAAAAGAUAUUUGAAGUAUUUCCGUGUACCGAAGCACAUAAAGUUCUAUUGGCAACAUUUACUCUAAAAGAAGAAGCUAGGAGAUGGUGGAUGCUCGUCCGAGACGAGAAUGGAGACUUGACAUGGGAUCAAUUCAAAGAAAUUUUCUAUGAAAAAUACUUCCUGCAAUGCAUCUGGGAUAGAAAUGUAUCUGAAUUUGAACAACUAAAACAAGGUGACAUGACUGUGGCCGAAUAUGAGACCAAAUUUACCGAAUUAGCCCGAUAUGCACCUUGUAUGGUUGAUACAGAUUACAAAAAGGCAAGGAAAUUUGAGGGUAAACUCACGGUUAAAGUUCUUGAUCAGGUGAAUGUUUUGAAAUUGGAAAAGUAUGUGGAUGUACUUGAUAAAGCCUUGAUGUCCGAAGCAAAUAUUGCUGCCUUGAAAAUGUCCAAGUCAACAGCAACAACCGAAGGAGAAAGUAAUAAAUUAAAGAAACACAAAAUGGAAAUGGUUAGUGAAUCAAUGGCAUCCGUAAAUGAAAAAUCAAAUUCAAAAACUUUUGGUGAUACAAGUCAGGGAAAUAAUGGGAACAAUGAGGUACCUACAUAUAGAGAGUGUGGGAAACAAUGGGCAUUUGCCUUUCUGGAGCUUGCUUUAGAUGUGGACAAAAAGGACACUUAG